AUGGGCCGCUUUGUCAAGUACUGGCUGAUCCCGAGGACGACGACGAUCGGCCGGAUGGAGCCGGACUCUACGCAGCCACUGUUGUCCCGGGAAAAGGAUAAAUACCUUGCAUCGUUCCAAUGCGAGUACACGAACUACAAGAACAGCGAGGUUGACUUUGCGAUCCUGAGAUCACCAGUGUCCCGGUAUAUGGAAGAUCGGCACAACGUCGCCAGGGACAGCGGAAUGCAAAAGGGCGAUCGUCGAUGGUUUUGGUGCUAUCUGGACCACAGCUCGACAAAGCACGGGCUCGUCGACUGGGUGAUCUUCGAACCGGAUACGACGCCAAGGACUGAGCGACCGGAGCUGCCGGCGCCUGCAUUUCCGGCGGUCGAGCCAAACUGGGGCGGAUUUGGCUACGAAAACGCCGGUCCACAAGCUAGCUAUGAAGAAUUUCCGCUUGAUCAGCAGUACCCGGAUAAUCGAGAACCGAUCGACUCGAUGAGGGCCAACUCACGGACGCCCCAUGGCGAGAUGUCGCCCGGCAACCGCCACGACUUUGACGACCCGAAGAAUUUCGGCCAUCAGGCCAGCUACGAGGAAGAGCUACGGCAGGGCGCUUUUCAAAGAAACGGCGGCGGCAUCAAUUAUCCGGGCGGCUCGAAUCACUCGGGCCACGACCAAUAUCACAAUCGGCUCGACGACGGCUUCGCGGAACCGGGCCCGCCCAGGAAUCCAGGCCAGCCGGCAGCGCACUUUCAACAAGCCGACCAAUUGACGGCCAUCGUGCGCCAAUUGUUUCGAUAUGGAGAGGUGCGUGAUGUGGCGCGCCGCGUUGACCCGACACUGUACAGCGACCUGAUGGAAGCCCUAGCCUUCGCCUCA